AUGACUGCUGUGUCCAUGACUGCUGUGCCCAUGACUGCUAUGUUCAUGACUGCCUCGUCCAUGGCCUCUGUACCCAUGACUGCUGUGUACAUUCCCGCAGUGCCUAUGAAGAAACUGAAACUCAAAGAAGAAAAGCGGCUUAUCCAAGAUCACACAGUAGCGUCAGAGCUUAAACCAACAUGGCACGGCACAGUGCGUCAGUUCAACAAGAUGCUCAGCAAGGAGAAAGCGUGGUGCCGCGGUGGAGGACCUGCUGCUGAUGUUCCUUCUAUGCCAAACACGAUGAAGAAACUGAAACUCAAAGAAGAAAAGCGGCUUAUCCAAGAUCACACAGUAGCGUCAGAGCUUAAACCAACAUGGCACGGCACAGUGCGUCAGUUCAACAAGAUGCUCAGCAAGGAGAAAGCGUGGUGCCGCGGUGGAGGACCUGCUGCUGAUGUUCCUUCUAUGCCAAACACGAUAAAAGAUUGGAGACAGAAAGAGGUUCUAAAACUUGCCCAAGGUUACACAGUUGCUAAAUGGUUGAUGCCAGGACUCACUUUCAGGGGUCAUCCAAAGCCCUCGUGCUACCAGCUUCCUGGGGCAGGAGACUGUCAUCUUCCCCUAGACCUCUGUCCUGAUACUGCUAAGGUAAAUGUGGAAAAACUUAAGUCCAUCAGAUUUGCUAAUGUGCUCUUUCUUGAAGAUCCAUCGUCAGCCGUGCAUGGGGAUGUCCUCUCCACGGUGUCGAUCCAUCCAUUCAACGGCAGACACCAGUCGAGCUCCUACUACAUGCCAGCGACUGUUCCAUGUGCUGAGGAUACAGCCACAGACAGUACAGACAACCUGCCUGUCCUCCUGGAGCUGAUGUACGAGGAGACCAAUGACCAAAUGCAUAUCCCUGUCAUGCCAUGUAGCAAAAGCGACGGGAGAAAGUUAACAGGGAGCGAGUCACAGGGGUUCCGGUCUGAUAAGAAUGGCUGGGCAGGCAUCUGA